GCAAGGAUUCUGGUCGUAUGACAACCCUAGUGCCUCUCUUCGUCCGUCAGCAUCGACCGGGAACCCUAGAUGAGAUCGUCCCGCAUUGAUUAGAGGAACUCCCCUGAUCAUCGAUCUUUCUUCGAUCCUUGGCAAGCCGGACAGGGGCGAUCCUUUUUCCCCUCACCUCGCUGGUCAAUUGUUUCAGGAACAGAAUGUUAAAAAGAUGAAAUGACUCAUCCUUGGGUAGAUGAUUCAAAGUUCUCAUCUUCCACGUCACAAACUAAUUCACACACUGUUUUUUCACGGUCUACAUUUGAUUCCAGCUUGAAAUGCAGUCAUAGAAAUGUUUCCCGGUUGUUAGCAUGGAGGGAGAUAUCUCCUCGAGCAAAGCACUGUAGGAAGCGGCUGUGGGGAGAAGGUUUAGGGUGCACUGGUGAUUGUGUUGGUCUAAGAUGUGACACAGAUGUCAGACAUGCUUUGAUGUCCUGGGUUGAAGCAGAGUCAUUAUGUUAUUUGUCAGCAAGAUAUUGUCCUCUUGUGCCCCCUCCAAGGUCCACAAUUGCAGCAGCAUUUAGUUCAGAUGGAAAAAUACUUGCUUCCACCCACGGUGACCACACUGUCAAGAUUGUUGACUGCCAAACUGGAAAAUGUAUAAAGGUGCUGAGCGGACAUCGUCGAACACCUUGGGUGGUUAGGUUCCAUCCAUUAUAUUCGGAUAUACUUGCGAGUGGCAGCUUGGACCAUGAAGUUCGUCUGUGGGAUGCCCAAACUUCAAACUGCAUUGGGUCGCGUGAUUUCUAUCGCCCAAUUGCUUCUAUUGCUUUUCAUGCCCAGGGAGAGAUUCUUGCCGUGGCUUCAGGUCACAAGCUGUACAUGUGGAACUACAACAAGAGAGGAGAGUCUUCUUCACCAACAAUUGUGCUAAAGACCCGACGUUCGUUGAGGGCUGUACAUUUUCAUCCACAGGCAGCACCAUUCUUGUUAACAGCUGAGGUUAAUGAUCUUGAUUCUCCUGAUUCACCCUUGACACUUGCAACAUCAUCUGGUUAUUUGCACUACCCCCCUCCAGCUGUCCUUUUUGCGAACAGUAAUAAUAAUAAUGUCAGGGCUGGUGGCUUAGGAAGUAUGCUGCAAAGAGUAGAAUCUUUCUCAUUGCUAACCAGUCAACAGAGUCCAGAAAUCGGGAACCAGAAUGACAACAAAACAACUCCUAUGGAUAUAACUUCUGCUUCAAAUGCUAUAAAAGAAGAUGAAGUUGCUGAUCCUUUGCAGUCUGGAAUUGAAACAACAUUUGACCCUAUCAUGGAAGGAACAGAAACCACUGAGGUGCAGCCUAUGUUAGGGGUCCAAACAAGAGUCUCCAGUAUUCCUGAGAGGAUGGAUGUUUCCACUAAUAUGCCGGCUACUUCUCAGUCUAAUGUGGCUGUCCUCAACCCUAUUAGGCAGUCCAGGUCAGGUUUAGAUGAUGCACCUGCUAUACCCUCGAGCUCCUUUCGUGGGGCUGACAUACAGAUGAUUUUAAGAAACACAGAUAGUGGACACCUUCAUCAGUUGAUUCCUUUCAGCGAUCCUGCAUGGUGGGAGCUGCCUUUUAUUCAAGGUUGGUUAAUUGGACAAACUCAUGCUGGCUUGCAUACAACAGUGCCAGUCAACAGUGCCUUUCAAGGGAACUCGAUGGUUAUUCGGGGAACAGGAUCUGGCUUCCUGUCAUCUGAAUUACUCCAUGCUCAUAAUGUGGAAGCUUUGGUUGCUUCUUCACCUAUGGCAACCUCUGUUGGCCAGUCUAGAGUCGCUGGAAGAUCUGGUCCUCGUCAACGAUCACGCUCCCGUCUGAUGGCUUCUACGAGUAAUGGAGAAGGUUCAUUAACUAACUCCCAGAAUGAUGAAUCUGCACCACACUCUCGUCCUAACAGUAUCGAAUCUGGGAUUCCUACAUCAUUGGCUGCAGCUGCAGCUGCUGAAUUACCUUGCACUGUGAAGCUAAGAAUAUGGCCACAUGAUAUGCAAGAUCCAUGUGCCAGCUUAGAUCCAGAAAAAUGCCGUUUAACCAUACCAAAUGCUGUCCUUUGCAGUGAAAUGGGCACCCACUUUUCUCCUUGUGGACGAUUUUUGGUAGCUUGUGUUGCAUGUUUGCUGCCUCACAUGGAAGGCGACCCAGGGUUCCAGCCGCAGAUGCAACAUGAUUCUACAGGUGCUGCAACAUCACCAACACGACACCCAAUUCCUGCUCACCAAGUUAUGUAUGAGCUUCGUAUCUAUUCUCUUGAAGAAGCAACUUUUGGUAUGGUCCUAUCUUCAAGGGCAAUCAGAGCUGCUCAUUGCUUGACUUCCAUUCAGUUCUCACCCACAUCAGAACACAUACUGCUAGCAUACGGUCGGCGCCAUAAUUCACUUCUUAGGAGCAUUGUCAUUGAUGGAGAUAAUGCUUUACCUAUCUACACAAUUUUGGAGGUCUAUAGAGUUUCAGAUAUGGAGCUUGUGAGAGUUCUGCCCAGUGCAGAGGAUGAGGUUAAUGUUGCAUGCUUUCAUCCUUUGGUUGGAGGAGGUCUAGUUUAUGGAACGAAGGAGGGCAAGCUUAGGAUUCUUCAAUAUGAUGGCCCACAUUUCUCAAAUUGCAGGAAUCACAAUUUUUUUCUUGAGGAAAAUAUUAAUGAGAUCCAGGAGUAUGCUUUAGAGUGCUGAAAAAUAGCAAUUGCUAUUAACAAGAGUUGGGUUCUCAUUUUGCCAGGCUUAUAAACUAUUGUGCAGAAGUAUCUAUAAGGGGAUAGAAUGCUGAAGUUCUUGUGAUUCUUCUUUGACUAAUUUUGGAACUUGUACCAGAAGUUCUCACAAGUGUUGUGGAAUUUGGUACUACUUCCUGGCUGCCUGUUGAUGAAUUACAGAAAGGUUGGUCAUUGGUUUGGAGACAGCUCUGAUGUGAACCUCUUGGUGUCAUCUUUCUUGUUGUAACAUCGCCUGUUUAUUUCUCUCUUAACCCGAUGCCAAAAAAAAAAAAAGACAUGUCAAACUCUUCUUCUGUUGUUUACCAUUGAUUCCUACAAGUGUUGCGUUGCGAUGCCUUGUAUAUUCAUCUUUGAACAGUGUAUUCUCGCUUCCUGUACUCGUUUGCCGGUUGCAAUUCCAAUCUUAUUUCCU